AUGCGCCACCCGUUCCACCGCAGCGACAAGCGCCUGUCCGUCGGCAGCGACGACGGCGUCGAGCUCAAGGAGCGCCGCAGCAGCAGCAUCUUCCGCCGGUGCCGACCGUCCGAGGACAGCGAGAUCGUCGAGCACAUGCGCCCACGAGACACGCUCGUCACGCGCAUCAGCGACAGCGAGAGCCCCACGGAGGAUCGACGUCGCCGUCGACGCCGCAGCAGCCUCCUCUAG